GUAAGAUAUACAUUAAAUUAGGCGUUUACAAUUUCAAGUCAAUGUGUUAAAUUCUAUACCUAAAAUGCAUCCACCAUGCUCUGGAGGAACAUGCUCACAACCUUGCUUCAAUGGUUGUUUUCCAUCUCCAUUUCUUGCCUCUGAGGCCUCCCAUAACAACACUAACACUUCAAACUCAAAUAAAAAUGACUUAACCGCAGCCACAACCUCAAGUCUUUAUCCAAACACACAAUUCACAAACCAUGAAUCUCUCCCACUUUUACAAGACUCAUACAAUGGCUUCAUCAAAGCAUUCCCUCAAUUUUCCACAACUUUCGAAAUAGAUCGAAUCCGAGCACAAGAAUAUCAUCACUUGAAUAAUAAUCCCUCGAAUAUAUGUUUCGAUUACACAGGAUAUGGCCUUUUCUCUCAUUCUCAGCAUCAAAAACCAAGUUCAGCUGCUGCUGCUUCUACUUCAUCAUCAUCAUCAUCAUCUACUCCUUACUUGAACUUAGAACAAUCGUUCUUCGAUGUAUCCAUUAAGUCGAUGAACUUGAAGUCACAGAUACUCUACCGCGGACAAGAAUCGAAACUAGAAUCAAGAAUUAGAGAAAGAAUAAUGACAUUCAUGAAUGUGUCCGAAACUGAUUACGCCUUAGUUUUCAUUGCGAAUGAGGUAUCUGCUUUUAAACUUAUAGCUGAUUCAUUCCAUUUUCAAUCUAAAGGAUCAGAGCUUCUCACAGUUUAUGAUCAUAACAAUGAAGCAUUAGAAAUUAUGAUUGAUAGCUGCAAGAAACAAGGAGUAAAAAUUCUAUCAGCAGAAUUCACUUGGCCCAAUCUAGCAAUGGAAUGGACAAAACUGAAGAAAAUGAUAAAAAGUAAAAAAGAGAAGAGAAAAAGUGGUUUAUUUGUUUUUCCACUUUAUUCAAAGGUUACUGGAUCACCAUAUUCAUAUUUUUGGAUGUCUAUGGCACAAGAAAAUGGUUGGCAUGUUUUGCUUGAUUUAUGUGCAUUGAGACCUAAAGAAAUGGAUACUUUAGGUUUGUCUAUGUUUAAACCUGAUUUCAUGGUUUGUUCAUUCUACAAGAUUUUCGGAGAAAACCCGUCUGGAUUUGGUUGUUUAUUUGUCAAAAAAUCAAGUCUUUCUUCUCUCAGAGACUUAGGUAAUGCUACAAGCAUAGGAAUUAUAAGCCUUAAUCCGCCGAAUAAUACUCAAAAGCCGAACUCCGAAUUACCAGAAUCUUCUACUCCGAAUCCGAGGAUCAAUGAGGAAUCAUCUUCAUCAAAAUCAGAAAUUGUGGAGCUUCAAGGUAUGAAAAUGAAUGAUGAAAGAUUGGAAAUUGAGUGUAGAGGAUUAGAGCAUGUAGACAAAGUGGGACUAAUUGUGAUUAGUACAAGCACAAGGUAUUUGAUUAAUUGGCUUGUUAAUGCAUUAAUGAGUCUUCAACAUCCACAUGAUGAAAAUAGAUUUUCAUUGAUUAGAAUCUAUGGUCCAAAGAUUAACUGUCAUCGUGGAUUUUCUGUAGCAUUUAAUAUAUUUGACUGGAAAGGAGAAAAAAUUGAUCCAGGACUUGUUCAAAAGUUAGCUGAUAGAAAUAAUAUCUCAUUAAGUAGGUCAUGUUUGAGGAAUAUCAAGUUCUUAGAUAAGAGCCAAGAAGAGAGGGAAUGGGCUUUGGAAAGUAAGGCAACUGAGGUUGAGAAGAUGGGCCUGUCCAAGAAGAAGAAAAGCCCAGGUGAGAAUGGGAUAUUGGUUUUGUCUGCUACAUUGAGCUUCUUGACAAACUUUGAAGAUGUUUAUAGGUUAUGGGCAUUUGUUUCUAGGUUUCUUGAUGCAGAUUUUGUGGAGAAAGAGAGAUGGAGAUACAUUGCUCUAAAUCAAAAAACUAUUGAAGUUUGAAUUUGUUGUAGUUUGUUAUUAUUUCUUCUUUGUUUUUCACAUCACAAUCACAUUGUUUAUGGUUAUGUUAUUUUGGAAUAAGGUUUAAACUUUGCAAAUUUGAGUUGUAUUGUAUUUAGCAUGAUAAGUUGGGUAACUUACCCUCCAAUUUUUGAACAAAUGUUAGAAUUUGAUAGAAUGUGAACUUCAUUGUAUUAUGAUUAAUGAUUUAACUAUGACAAAAGCCAUGAC